UCUCUCUCUCUCUCUCUCUCUCUCUCUCCAACGAAUAUUCCUAAAACUAAAUCCUGUGUGCGAGCCUAUAUCCAACGGCUGUGACACACUUAUUUUUCAUCCAAUCCAAACCACAUGAAGGGCAAGGCCCUCUUUCUUUCUCUCUCUCUCUCUCUUGUCUUCUAUAUAACCCAACAAGCGUAAUAGCCAGCUCUCCUCAUUAUCCUUGAUCAAACUCAAGAGUCAAGACCAAGCAAUAAUUUCAAGUUUUCAAGUAGUUCAAUUAUGUCUGCAGUGGUGGAGGUUUGGAUGAGCGAGUUUGCAAAGCUGAAAGACAAGGUAGGAGCUAAGAAGCGAAUGGUGUUUUCAUCAAAGGGCAAACAAGGAGAGGGUGAUGAUGAGGUUGAAGAAGAACAAGUGUUGAAAGAAGCAAGAAAAGAGAGCAGCAGAAUGGCUCAGAUUCAGAGGGACUUGGAUUCCUCUACGCUUUCAGAGGCCACAGUCUGUUUGCUUAUGGACCGUUUUGUGCCUUGGUGAACACCUUGUAAACAUGUUUAAAAUAUUAGUCUAAUCUUGCAUAUAUAUAACUGUACUAUUAAUUUGAUGUGUAUUUGUUUUUUGUUUUUCCAUUUUAAUCAUAUUUUUGCAAGCUAUUAGCGGAUGAAUUAAUGGUUCUUACAUUUGGAUUUAAAGAAAUUAUAUAUAAACCAAAAGUUUAAUUAUUGCAACCAAGCUUUCCCUUAACAGAACAAACCAUUAAACCAUAAACUAUUUUUAACAAACGAACAAUUUUGUGACAAAAUGACUGUAGCUAGCUUUGCUGUGGUUUUGGAAGUUGUUGUGGUGAGACAAGAAAAUAAACACACACGACCAAUGUUGAACUGAAAACUAUUUUUAGUGCAGAAUUGUUUCUAGACACAAAGGGUUUGCAUUCAAAUUUUUAUGUAACUGCAUAAUACUGGUCUAAUUGCCGACUGGAUUUGAAGUUUGAAAUGUAAAAUGAAAAAAGUUACAAUUGUAAGUGGUGGUUGUAUCUUAGGAGACAAACGCAACCAUGAGCAAUGUAGUGGGGCGUAAAUUGUCUUAAUGAUAGAGUACCGAAUACUUUCUUUGAUCAAUUUUGCAUAAAUAGUAACAACCCUUGCUAUUUGUCAUGACAAUUGGGUGAGAGUGCUGUUACCAGUGUGUUAUUAUUACUACGUUUAUUUUUGGUUAAACUGUCCCUCGGGUCUAGAGAGACCCAGCAGGGGUAGGAGCUCUUGGGGCCCAGAAAGACCAAGAUUUUUCACUCGCAUGUUUCUUCUCUCCACUGACAUUGCCAACCAGAAACUCUUGGACAAUAAAUCACCAUAAUUUCCAACCCUUUCAGCCUGUUCAAUUUUCAACAAUAUGGAUCUAAGCACCACUCAAUUAUUAGGAGCUCCUUCCCCUUCUUCUUCUUCUUCUUUCACCAAUUCAUGGACACACGAUGUGUUUCUCAGCUUUAGAGGUGAGGACACACGCUACAAUUUCACAGACCAUCUACACAAAAAUUUGGUCCAGAGGGGCAUCAGAACCUUCAUAGAUGAUGAGCUCCCAAGAGGAGAAGAAAUAUCACAAGCACUUCUUGAUGCAAUUGAAGGAUCGAGGUGUUCCAUCAUCGUAUUCUCUGAAAACUAUGCAUCCUCGAAGUGGUGCUUGGAUGAACUUGUUCAUAUCAUUCAGUGUAGAAAAUCAAAGCAACAGAUGGUUUGGCCAGUUUUCUACAAAGUGGAUCCCUCAGAUGUAAGGAACCAAAGAGGUAGUUAUGGCGAGGCACUGAAUAACCAUGAACGCAAAUUCAAAGAACAGAGACUUACUAACCAUGAUGAAAGUAAAUUCGAGGACAAUAUGAAGAAGGUGCUGAGAUGGAAGGAAACCCUUACAGAAGCUGCAAAUUUGUCUGGGUCGCAUUACUUGGAGGGCCGUGAAACUAAAUUUAUUCAGAACAUUGUCAACGAGAUUUCCUUACAAGUAUUAUAUGAUACCCAUAUCAAUGUGGCAAAAUACCAAGUCGGAAUAGAGGCUCGUGUACAAGAUCUUCAUAAAGUUUUAGAUGUUGACGGAAAUGAUGUUCGCAUGGUAGGAAUAUGGGGGAAUGGUGGAAUAGGAAAGACAACUCUUGCUAAAGCUGUUUAUAACUCACUGGCCCAUGUGUAUGAAGGGAGUUGUUUUCUGGAAAAUGUAAGAGAAAGAUCAAUACCAUAUGGAGGCCUAGUCGACCUACAAAAUCUUCUUCUUUAUGAGAUUCUAAGGGGAAAGGAAAUAAAGGUUACCAGUGCCGAUAAAGGAAUCAGUGUGAUAAAGGAAAGGUUGAGUUGUAAAAAGGUCCUUGUAAUUGUAGAUGAUGUAGAUCAUUUGGACCAGCUAAACAACUUAGUUGGAGGUUGUGAUUGGUUUGGUUUGGGCAGUAGAAUCAUCAUAACGACAAGAGAUAAGCAUUUGCUAACUUCUCAUCAAGUUAGUAUAAUAUACAAGGCCAAGAAAUUAAACUUUGGUGAAUCUCUUGAUCUCUUCAUUAGUUGGAAUGGUGGGAGAAAUAAAAAUUUGGAUGAUGAUUAUGUGAAAGCUGCAGAAACUGUGCUGAAGUAUGCUCAAGGUCUUCCUUUAGCUCUCAAGGUUUUAGGUUCUCAUCUAUGUGGUAGAAGUAUAGAUGAGUGGCAUGAUGCAUUGGAUGGGAAUCUGCACUCGGACAUUAAAAAAACUCUCAAAAUAAGUUAUGAUGCAUUGGAAUAUUCGGUUCAAGAAGUUUUCCUUGACAUAGCAUGUUUCUUUAAAGGUAGAAAGGUGUACGAUGUGAUACCGAUCCUGGAAGGUUGUGACCUCAAGCCUAAGUAUGCUAUUAAAGUACUCGUAGACAAGGCCCUCAUAAAUAUUGAACAAGGCACAAUUGGGAUGCAUGACUUGCUUGAAGAAUUGGGUAGAGGAAUAGUUUAUCAAGAGUCGCCAAAUGAGCCUGGUGAACGUAGCAGAUUGUGGUUUCACGAGGAUGUUUAUCGUGUUCUAACAGAAGGAACAGGAACAAACAAUAUUAAAGGCAUCAUAGCAAAGUUUCCGACACCAGAUGACAUAUGCUUGAGUGAUGACAGCUUCUCAAAGAUGAAAAACCUUCGACUUUUCAUCAAUGUGAAUGCACGAUUUUAUGGCGAUCACGUGGAUUAUCUAUCUAAUGAGUUGAGGUUUCUUCAUUGGCCUGGUUGUCCUUUACAAACUUUACCAUCUACUUUCAAUCCAAGGAAACUUGUUGAACUUUAUAUGCCUUGUAGCCGCUUGUCACAACUUGGGGAGGGAUUCAAGCGUUUGCAAAAUUUGACGUCCAUGGAUUUUAGGAGUUGUGAAUUCCUAACAAAAACACCAAAUAUCUCUGGAAUUCCAAACUUACAGUCCUUGAAUCUAGACGACUGCACAAGUUUAGUUGAGGUUCAUCCUUCUGUUGGAUUUCAUGAUAAGCUUGUGGACUUGAGGCUUGAGAGUUGCCAUAACCUCACACGAUUUCCAAUAAUCAAGUCAAAAUCUCUAGAAGUUCUCAAUCUUGAAGAUUGCACAAGACUAGAGACUUUCCCUGAAAUUGGGGGAAAGAUGGAUUCCUUACGUCGCAUGUUUCUACGUGGUAGUGGCAUCAAAGAAUUGCCUGCGUCAAUUGCCUAUCUCAUCAGUCUUGAAUAUUUAGACCUAAGAAGUUGUGAAAAUCUUACGAAUCUGCCGCCCAGCAUUUAUGAGUUGGAACAUCUAAACCAAAUUUGUCUCCAAGGAAGUCGAAAGCUUGUUACAUUUCCAAAUAAAGUGAAGUCUGAAGUUUUGGGGAGUGCAGUAUCACAUCCUUUAGCGCUUCCCAGUCUUGAGGAAUUCAUUUUGGAAGGAAGCAAUUUAUCAGAAUUUAAUUUCCUCUGGACUCUUGAUUGUGUGUCUACAUUGAGCAUGCUUGAUCUAACACGAAGUGAUUUCCUUGUAAGUAUUCCCGAAUGCAUUACGAAAUUUGUCAAUUUGCGGGAUCUUUACUUGCAUGGCUGCAAGAGGCUUCGAGAUAUUCCGGAACUUCCACCAAAAAUAGUAAAGUUAGAGGCGAGUGAUUGCGUAUCAUUGGAAAGGUUUUCAUCAUUGUCCAACAUUUUGAAAGGUAAAAAAGACUCACAAAUGAUUGAGUUCGUGGACUUGUGUAAUUGCCAGAGACUGUGCGGCAAUCUGGCUCGUGACCUCACAAAGAAGCAAAACAUUUUAGCAAAGGAGCAGAUCACUCUCUUCUUUGAUCACCUUCUGUCUUCACAGAAACAUGGAUUUCAGGUUGUAUUCCCAGCAAGUUUUGUAGCUCUCUCGACGUUGUUCAGCUGUCAUAAGUAUGUGAAGGAGCGUGAUGAAUCAUGUGAAUUUUUGAUUGAAAUCCCUCCAAACUUCAAAUGCCAGAACCAAGGAUUGGCUCUAUACGCUGCUGUUGAAAACCCGCAAAAUAAAAGACGACGUUACCAUGGUUUUCUAACAAAAAUUUCCGUCAAUCAGCCUGGAGUGCUACCUCAUUUUAUUCGGUUCGAUUACCAUUUCAGAAAGAUAGGGUCAGGUCAUGUGUGGCUGUGCUAUAUUCGAUUCAGAGAAAUGUUUUACCGGGCUGAUCGGAUUACCUGGCCGCAGUCGCCUUUUGCGUGUCGAGUUAAUUUCCAGAAUUUGACACAAGAUUCGCUGCAUUUUAAAAGCUUCGGGGUCCACCUGGUAAUGACACAGGAUGAUGAAGACCUGUCUAUAUUUACGGAAGAUGGUGAGUCUGAAUCCGAUAACUUGGAAGAUGCUAAUGAGAGGUUUGAUGGAGAUAAUUGUGUUGAUCUAUGUGAAGAUGAGCAAGACUCGGAACCUGACUACUUCAGCUGUGAAGAUAAUGAAGAUGGCUACUUUUACUGAAGAUGAUGAUGAAGAGGUGAAUAGGUAUUUCGGAGAAAGAGAUUCGCAAUGGAAUACUAUUGAUGAUAUGCCAAGUCGCCCGCCCGCGGGGAAGCUUUUCAUUCACACAACAAAACUCAUACCCCUUUCUUGUCUCUCUCUCUCUCUCUCUCUCUCUCUCUCUUUCCAAGGAAGAUUCCUAAAACUUAAUCCUGUGUGCGAGCCUAUAACCAACGGCUGUCUGUGACAAACUGAUUUUUCAUCCAAUCCAAACCACAUGAAGGGCAAGGCCCUCUUUCUCUCUCUCUGUCUUCUAUAUAACCAACAACCAUAAUAGCCAGCUCUCCUCAUCAUCCUUGAUCAAACUCAAGAUUCAAGACCAAGCCAGAAUUUCAAGUUUUCAAGUUCAAGCAUGUCUGCAGUGGUGGAGGUUUGGAUGAGCGAGUUGGCAAAGCUGAAAGACAAGGUGGGGGCUAAGAAGCGAAUGGUGUUUUCAUCAAAGGCCAAGCAAGGAGAAGGUGAUGAUGAGGUUGAAGAACAACGACAAGUGUUGAAAGAAGCAAGAAAAGAGAGCAGCAGAAUGGCUCAGAUUCAGAGGGACUUGGAUUCCUCUACGCUUUCAGAUGCCAAAGUUCGUUUGCUUAUGGACCGUUUUGUGCCUUGGUGACACCUUCUAAACAUGUUUAACUUGUUGAAGGACCUUUGCUCGCUUCUCGGGCCGUGAAAAAUGAGAUUAUUAUUUUUUUCAGUAAUUA